CCUCCUCCCCCUCCCUCUCCCCCUCCCUCUCCUCCCUCCCCUCCUCCUCCCUUCUCUCCCCCUCCCCCCCCUCCUCCUCCUCUCCCCCUCCCCUCUCCCCUUCCCCCCCCUCCCCCUCCCCCCCCUCCCUCCCUCCCCCCUCCUCCCUCUCCUCCCCCCCUCUCCCUUCCCCUCUCCUCCUCCCCCCCCUCUCCCCCCCCUCUCCUCCCCCCCCCCCCCUCCCCCCUUUCUCCUUCCCCCUCCUCCCUCCCCCCCCCUCCUCCCCCCCCCCCCUCCUCCCCCCCCUCCCCUCCCCUCCCUCCUCUCCCCCCCCCUCCCACCCCCCCUCCCCCCCUCCCUCCCCCUUCCCCCCCUCCCCCUCCUCCCCCCUCUCUCCCCCCUCCCCCCCCCCCUCUCCUCCUCCCUCCCUCUCCCCCCUCCCCCCCUCCUCCUCUCCCCCCCCCCCUUCCCCCCCCCCCCCCUCCCCCCCUCCCUCCCUCCCCUCCUCCCCCCCUCUCGCCCCCCCCCCCCCCCCCCUCCCUUUCCCCCCCCUCCCCUCCCCCUCCCCUCCCUCCACCUCCCCCCCCGCCCCUCUCUCCCCCCCUUCCUCCUCCCCUCCCUCCCCCCCCCCUCCUCCUCUCUUCCCCUCCUCCCCUCCUCCCCCCCCUCCCUCCCUCUCCUCCCCCCUCUCCUCUCUCUCCUCCCCCCCCCCUCCCCCUCCCUCUUCCUCCCCCCCCUCCCCCCCCUCCUCCCCCCCCCCUCCCCCCCCUUCCCCACCCCCUCCCUCCCUCCCUCCCCCCUCCCCCUCCCCCCUCCCCUCCUCCCUUCCCCCCUCCCCCCCCUCCCCCCCCCCUCCUCCCCUCCCCUCCCCUUCCCCCUCCACCCUCCCCUCCCCCAUCCCCUUUCCCUUCCUCUCUCCUCCUCCCCCCCCCCCCCCCCUCUCUCUCCCUCCCCCUCACCCCCUUCCCUCCUUCUCCCCCCCUCCCUCCCCCUCUCCCUUCCCCUCCUCCCCCCCAUCCCCCUCCCCCCCCUCCUCCUCCCCUCCUCCCCCCUCCUCCCCCUCCCCUCCCCCCCCCCUCCUCUUUCCCCCCUCCCCCCCCCUCUUUUCCCCCUCCUCCCCCCCCCCCCCCUCCCCUCCUCCUCUCUCCUCCCCCACCUCUUCCCCCCUCCCCCCCCCCCUCCCACCCCCCGCCUCCCUGCCCUCCCCCCCCCCCCCCCCCCCUCCUCUCCCCCUCUCCCCCCCCUCUCCCCUCCCCCCCCCCUCUCCCCCCCCUCUCCCCUCCCUCCCUCCCCCCCUCCCCUCCUCCUCUUCCCCCUCCUACUCCCCCUCCCCCCCUCUCCCCCCUCCCUCCUCCCCUCCCCCUCCCUCUCCCCCCUCCCCCCCUUCCCUCCCCCCCCCUUCCCCCCCCCCCCCCUCCCCCCCUUCCCCCCCCUCCUUCCCCUCCCCUCCCCCCCCCUCCCCCUCCUCCCUCCCCCCCUUUCCCUCCUCCUCCCCUCACCUCCCUCUCCCCCCCUCUCCCUCCCCCCCCCUCCCCCCUCCCCCCCAUCCCACCCCCUCCUCCCCCUCCCCCCCCCCCCCUUCCCCCCCUCUCCCCCCUCCCCCCCACCCCCCCCCCUCCCCCUCCCUCCCCACUUCCUUUUCCUCCUCCCCUUUCUCCCCCCUUCCCUCCUCCCCCCUCUCCCUCCCCC